AACUGGAACCCAUUAACAUAUACGAUCCAAAGCCGAAUCAAUUUCCGCCAAAAGAUUACUUUUCUCCUUCCAGUCCAACAAAGUGUUGAUCGAUCACCUAUAUCUGUAGCCCCUUUCUCCAUCUCUGCGUAUUCGGGGAUUCGGGGGCCAUUUCUUCUUCUCCAGCUCAUUUGGAACGAUGGGUUUAUCGGUUGUACAAGGUUUCACCAAGUCCCUUGCUAUGACUGUGCUUGCUGAGAUCGGCGACAAGACGUUCUUUGCUGCUGCGAUCCUGGCGAUGCGCCAUCCAAGGAGACUUAUCUUAUCAGGGUGCUUGUCAGCUUUGAUUGUGAUGACGAUUCUUUCUGCUCUUGUUGGAUGGGCAGCUCCAAACCUGAUUCCUCGUAAAUGGACUCAUCAUAUAACUACACUAUUGUUUUUGGGUUUUGGAAUAUGGUCCCUGUGGGAUGCAUUCAGAGAUGGGGAGUCCGAAGAAUUGGCUGAAGUUGAAGCAGAGUUGGAUUCUACCUGGAAAACUAAUGGAGGAUCAGCUAAAGCAGCUACCAAGGAUACUAAUGAUUCAGAUAAGAAAAGGCGACAAUUCCUUGCUCAGUUCUUCUCGCCCAUAUUUCUGAAGGCAUUUUCCAUUACAUUUUUUGGCGAAUGGGGUGAUAAAAGUCAACUAGCUACAAUUGGUUUGGCUGCAGACGAAAACCCAUUUGGUGUUGUUCUCGGUGGAAUCUUAGGACAAGCCUUAUGCACAACCGCAGCUGUCUUGGGAGGGAAGAGCUUAGCGAAACAGAUAUCCGAAAAAAUAGUUGGACUUUCAGGGGGAGUACUUUUCAUUGUAUUUGGUAUCCAAUCCCUUCUUUCAAGCACAGAGUAAUUAGGCAAACUGGCUAUGAAGAUCCAUCUUAUUAAUUAGCACAAUUCUUCAAAGAUAGACUUCUCUACACAGUUUCCUUUCAUUUGCUGCGAAUAUUCUUCUCCUUAAGUUGCCAGGAAGGAGUUAUUUACAAUACAAUAUAGUUAGAUAUUCACGUGAUUGAUGACUUUCUCAGUAGUUGGUAAUAAAGAGUCAGCUUCGUUUCAUUGUUGAUUUAGGUUAACGAUUUGAGAGUUUGACGCCUACAUUUUCCUCUCAAUAUUAUAAGACCAUGCAAACAACCAUCAUAUCUGUUAGACAUAUAAUCUAUGCACAAGUAUUGACAAAAGUUCAUUGAGUUUGAACAGAUUGGCUCAUUGUCAUAUCUUGUUAUC